CCUCCGUCGGCCCUCCGCCCGGGAAUCUGUUGGGUGGAUGGUGCGAUUCCGAUACAGAAGCCCCACUUCAUUUGUCGGAUGAGCCGAGUGCUGCUCGGCGUGUCCCUACCCUUCCUUUUGACAGCGGCUGAGCAUUUCGGCCAAUGUGCGGCGGAUUCCGUGGAUGAGGAGCUGGUCGUGUUGGAGGACGAUGUGCUGGAGUUCUCGCUGCUGCAGACGUCCUUGAGCGUCUCGCAUACUGAGCCUCGGCGGUCCUUGCUCACGCAUGUCGUGGAUGACCUUGGGAGGCGGGGAGCGAACGCCUCCUCCCCAUUGGCCUUGGUGGGCGCUGGGUCUGCACGCUCUUCCACACGCGACAUCAUCGCGUGGCCGGGCGCCUGUGUCCUGAGCGUCUCCUUUGCCGUGACCCUGAUCUUCGUGGUGGUGUUGUGGACCGUGAUGCUGGAGGCGCAUCAAGCCAGCAAAGCCCUGGCACCGCGCGGCGCCAUGGCCGGUGGACCUGGCUUGGCCAACUACCGGUCGGGCGCGGGAACUGGCUCCCAGGCCGAAGAUCAAGGCCUUGGACGGCCCACACGGAUCCCCGGGGAGGUGCAGCGCACCCUGACGCCCCCCAGCUUUGGGGUGCGCGAGGCAUCGCGGCCCAUGGUGCCACACAUUUGCCCGUCGCUCAGUUUGUUGCAGGGUGCCUGUCAGUUCCGCAUCCCUGUACAGUCGCUGGAGCUGCUGCAAGCGGGCUACUUCCCUACACAGAUCUUGAGCCCCACUGGAAAUCCGCUGCUGCACGCUUGGCUGCCACUCUGUCAGAAAACACCCCAGACAGGGCCACCUGCACAGGCGCAGCUGGGGCAUUUACUUCAGCUGACCACCACCGCGGCCUUGUCCCGGCACCCGCAUGCCAGCAUUGGCCUCUUGACGGUGGGCGCCAAGGAGCAGAAGGCCGAGAUCUUUGGACCCAAGAAUCUCAAGUAUGGCUCCCUGGUGCGGUCGAACGACAAGUGGUUGGUCUACCAUCACCAUGAGGGGUCGGAACAGCUUGCCCUCACCUUGCAUCACAUGCCUGCUGCGUUGGGCUUCUGUGCCCGUGCAGCGGAGGGACAUGAGGUGGCGAGUGCCACGCGCAUCGCUGGGGGUUCCGGUGAAGUGCUCAGCAUCACCAUCAACCCAGGAGGUGACGCCCUUCUCGCCCUGCUUUGCUUCCUCGCCGUGGUGCUCAGCAUGUUGGAGACCGUGGUGGUCCCCAACGAAGCUCCUCCCGUCCCACCUCCCGCGGCGCUGCCGCCGGGCUACGCCGAUGCCACCGUGGCCACGCGCUCGGCGCCGGCCACGGCGCCUGCCACGGCGCCCGCCACGGCGGCCACGUCGCCCGCGUCGGCGCCGGGAACGGCACCGGCAGUGCCCCGCGAGGCGGGCAGUGACCAGUCGUUGCCGUCGCUGCCGAGCCGCCCGGGCAGCGGCCUGCUGCCGCAGCGCGUGCCGGUGGUGCGGUCCUUGCCGCCGGUGGACGCGGCACGGGGUGGCGUGAACUUUGCGCCGCGACCGUCGCCGAGGCCCUAGGCCCUGUCCGGAAGACGAGGUGCAAAAGCUUGGAGCGCAGUGAAGAAGCAGAGCCUCUCACUAACCUUGAUCCAAUGAUCCAAUGUGAGAGAAGAAGCCUUUGCACACACCUGGCCAGUUCUUUAAGAUGUCUCCAGCGAAAGGUAGUCGUGGCGGUGAAAAAGUGUCUGUGACAUUCUGUGAAUGUGAUCAG